ACCCCGGUGGGGCCGCGGGCCGCAUCCUUCCCGCCGUAGGGGCCAUUCCUACACUUCCGGGGCACCCACGAACGGGGUUGGCUGCACUCCCGCCCAGGGCCCCGCCUCCUACGUGCCCCGCCCCCCAGGGCCUGUUCCCUUCAGAACGCCGCCUCCGUGAAGCCCGCCGCCUCAGGAUUCGGGCCCUGGGCGCUGUUGCCAGAGCCCUUAUGUUUCAGGCCCCUGGCUCCCACUUUCCUCCUCUCUGGCCAUCUGGCUCGGUUGCUGGCCUCAUGCAUGCAUUCCUCGCCCAGACCCUCCCUCUGUUCGCCUUGCCCUCCUGCCUUGCCUCGCCCCACGCUUCCGCGGCUCUUGUCUAGCGGCUCUGCCACCCCCUGACCCUCCGAGUGGUCUGCUCUUUGGCCAGGGUCUUUCUGGAGCUCAAAUCGGACCCCGCCACUCCCUUCUUACACCUCGGGGGAAGCGCUGCGCGUCGACGUCGCUCAGGCCCGGGCUCCCCUACCCCAAGCGGCCCUCGGAUGCGUCCCAGGGCAGCGCCAGACGUGAUGGGCUGAGGACGCGUCUGACGCCUUGGCCUGCGCGGCUCCCUGCCGGUCGUCCCAGCUCCCGGGGGCUGCAAGGAGGGGACAGGCAGUGCAUUCACCUGCCCAGCCAGGGUGGCCCAAAGUGACCACGGCUGUGCCAUGAGGACUGCGCUGGUGUACCACGAGGACAUGACAGCGGCCCGGCUGCUCUGGGAAGACCCUGAGUGUGAGAUCGAGCGUCCGGAGCGCCUGACUGCAGCCCUGGAGCGCCUGCGGCAGUGGGGCCUGGAGCAGAGGUGUCUACAGUUGGCAGCCCGAGAGGCCUCCGAGGCAGAGCUGGGCCUGGUACACAGCCCAGAGUAUGUGUCCUUGUUGCGAGGAACCCAGACCUUGAGCACCAGGGAACUACAGGCGCUGUCUGGACAAUACGACGCUGUCUACUUCCAUCCGAGUACCUUCCACUGUGCCCGGCUGGCCGUGGGGGCUGCGCUGCAGCUGGUGGAUGCCGUGCUGACGGGGGCUGUGCACAACGGGCUCGCCCUGGUGAGACCUCCUGGGCAUCACGGCCAGAGAGCUGCUGCCAAUGGAUUCUGCGUGUUCAACAAUGUGGCCAUAGCGGCCAAAUACGCCAAGCGGAGACACGGGCUGCACAGGAUCCUCAUUGUCGACUGGGAUGUCCACCAUGGUCAGGGCAUCCAGUAUAUCUUUGAGGAUGACCCCAGCGUCCUCUACUUUUCCUGGCACCGCUAUGAGCAUGGGCACUUUUGGCCCUACCUUCGAGAAUCGGAUGCAGAUGCUGUUGGGCAGGGGCAGGGCCGUGGCUUCACUGUCAACCUGCCCUGGAAUCAGGUUGGGAUGGGAAAUGCUGACUACGUGGCCGCCUUCCUCCAUGUGCUGCUCCCCAUGGCCUUUGAGUUUGACCCUGAGCUGGUGCUCAUCUCAGCAGGAUUUGACUCUGCGAUCGGGGAUCCUGAGGGGCAGAUGCGGGCCACGCCGGAGUGCUUCUCCCACCUCACGCAGCUGCUGCAGGUGCUGGCCGGCGGCCGAGUCUGUGCUGUGCUGGAGGGAGGCUACCACCUGGAGUCGCUGUCCCAGUCCGUGUGCAUGGUGGUGAAGGCGCUGCUGGGUGACCCUGCCUUGCCCCUGUCGGGGCCCAUGGAGCCUCAUCACAGUGCCCUGGAAUCCAUCCAGAGUGUCCGGGCUGCCCAGGCCCCUCAUUGGAAGAGCCUCCGGCAGCAAGGGUCGACCCCCAUACUGAAUCCCAGCACCUACUCCCUGGAGCGGAGAGCCUCACCUGUAUCUCCCGGGGGACCCAAAUUCAAGGCAGCAGAGGCGCAGGCCUCGGCCGCACUGAGUUCCCUCCUAGACCAGCUGCACCUCAACCCCACACUGCCUGUCCGCACGGCUGUUUCCCUGACUGCACUGGAUGCCGCUCUGGUCCUACCCGCCGACGUCCUCCGUCAGGAGGGGUCAGCCCCACAGGAGGAGACACGGGCCUGGGCCAGGCUACACGAGGCCCUGGCCCAGGACAAGGCUCUCACUGCACUUGGGAAGGUCCUGCACCUCUUGAAUGGGAUCCUGGAUGGGCAGGUGAGCAGUGGCAUCGCAGCAACCCCGGAGCCCGCGGCGGCUCCCACCCUGGAUGUGGUCAUUCGGCGCAGCUUGUCCCACGGAGCGCGGAGGCUUCUCUGUGUGGCUGUGGGACAGCUGGAUCGGCCCGCAGACCUUGCCGACGACGGGAGGAAUCUGUGGCUGAACAUCAGAGGCAAGGAGGCGGCUGCCCCAUCCAUGUUCCAGGUCUCCGUGCCACUGCCAGGGACUACUGGUGGGUUCGUGAGCUGCGUUCUGGCCCUUGUGCUGCCCCUGGCCUAUGGCUUCCAGCCUGACCUCGUGUUGGUGGCGCUGGGGCCAGCCCACGGCCUGCAGGCCCCCCAAGCCGCACUCCUGGCUUCUCUGCUGCGGGGGCCGGCGGGGGGCCGAGUCUUGGUCCUGCUGGAGCAGGGAUCCACAUCCCAGCUUGCAGGGAUCCUGGCCCGGGUGUUGCAGGGAGAGGCGCCCCCCGGCCUGGGUCCCUUCUCCAUGGCCUCCCCAGAGGACACACAGGCCCUGAUAUACCUGAGAGGGCAGCUGGAAGCAGAGUGGAAGAUGCUGCAGGUGGCCGCUCCUCAAGUGCCGUGACCGGGCAGCUUGAAAUCUGCCAGGGUGGGAGUCUUUGCACUCCAGAGGUGACACCACAGACUAGUCCCCCAAGAGCCGGCUUUAAACACUCACGUGUGCACCACUGCCUGAGGCCUCUGUCCUGAUGGCCAGGCUACAGAGCUGUCCGGGGCUCUGGCUCAGGGACACUAUGUCCACGGCCGUGACCGGGAGCCCCCCCCUCCAGUGGUCUGCCUCUGCACAGAUGGUUCCAUCCUCACUUCCUGCACGCCUCUUAAUCUCAAAAAAUAAAAGUCGUUUUACCAGCAAAAA